UUACACAUAGUUGAUUGCACAGCUAUCUAGAAUCAAUGAAGAACAGUCAUCAAAAUUAGCUGAUUGUUCAUGUUUAGCUGUUAAUACUCAAUAAUGUUUUUACGGUAUUGUCUAAUAACAGUUGUACUUUUACUGAUUCAGAAUGAUUUGGCUGUUCAAGAUCAACAUAAACACCCUAUUGAUGUUAAUACUAACGUAUCGAGAAACCGAUCAAGAUCAAUUAAAUUUCUUGAUAAGAAUUCUAAACUCAAGAUAGACACUACGAUUUCUUCAGAAAACACCACGAAGACUAAAUUUAAGACUAAAAACAGUAUUAAGGGUAGAAAAAAAACAAAGUCUGAAAAUAAAGCCAGUACAAAGAAUAAGACUAAAGUCAAAGUAAAAGAUAAGAUUAAAAGCAAAAUAAGGAAUAGGGAAAUUACUAAAGAUAAGAUAACAAUUAAGAGUAAAAAAAAACACACUAGGGCAAAUGCUAAAGAUAAAACCAAAUCUAAAGUCAAGGAUAAUACUAAUAGCAAAAUUAAAGCCACAGAUAAAAUUAAAAAUAGUCAUAAAACUAGAACACAAAAUCAUUCUAAAAAGGGGUCAAAUAGGAAACCAAUUGUUGUUAUGUUUCCUCCAAGAAAGAGAAAAAGACCUCAUUCAAAUGACAUUUUUAACAAUAUGCUGGGAAAUUCAUCUCUUUUAGCGAAAAAUUUAGCCAGAGGAGGCGUAGGUCUGAUGCAAUCUGGUCUUGACACGUAUAAUGGUAUAUCGACAAGCGCUUACAGCUUAGUCAGAAAAGGUUCAGGUGCACACAAAAAUAUGCACAAUAAAUUAAAAAUUCCUGUAGUAAAUACUGUAGCAAACAUUGUUGAUAGUGGAAUAAACGUUAUGUCUGAAGCAAACGAUUUAAGCAUUUUGGCUUCAAAUAUAGGCUUACAAAAGAUAAGAUCUAAGUUGGACAAAAAAUCAGGAAAUGCAGAAAUAAUAAAACUUCUAUUAGAAUACGCUGGAUCAAAAAUUAAAGGCUUUAAUAAGAAGGGGACCAACACAACUCUAUUCGAAGACGUCAAUACAAUCGCUAAUUAUAUUAUCAAAGAUGACGAAAUUACUGACCUAAUUUCACAAUUAAUUCAAAAAUUCACAUCUGAUGACGACGUCAUGGCCAGUAUAAUACGUAUCAUUAUGAAAGUAAUGGCAUCUAGUGAAUCUCUUGGGUGUAUUUUGGACAGAUUGCCAUUAUCCGAUUCAGAUAUACGCAUGGUAUUUGACUUGUUUGUUGGUCCAAGUGGUCAAACUGCAUUAAAUUCCAUUGCAACUAUUUUAUCGGAAUUAACUGGACCAGGUUCAAAAGCCUUUUUCGAAUCACUAAUGGGAAUGGCCUCAAUGUUUAAAGGAGGCCAAUCAACUUUUAAUCCAUUAUCAUUAUUAAGUUCUGUCACAGGACUAUUUAAAAAAAAUACAAAUGAACCUUCUAACAAUACACAAGAUAAACCAGAAGACAAACAAAAAGAAAAAAGUGACACUCAAGAUAAUAUUUAUGGACAAGGAGAUGAUAAAUCAGUACCUGUUGCAGGUGAUAAUGUACAAAACCUCGAAAAUGAAUUUGGAGAUUGGUUUGACUAAUGAAAGUUACAUUUUAACUCGGACAAGCAAAUAAUAUUUAAUUAUAAUAGUAUUGAAUUUUAUAGUUAAAAAUUGAUAAUUUACAACUUAAAUAUAAAUUUUUUAAAAGGUUAAGUGAUAAUCUACACUGAAAAUUGUUUAUAAAGUAUACUUAAGAGAUGUUUAUUAAACAAUAUUUCUGAUUCAUUUGACCCAAAAUUUGUUUGACAAAGUAACAGGUAUAGUAUAUUAAAUAUCAAAAAUCAAGAAAUAUUAACAGAAUUUCAUAGUUAAUACAUAAAUUAUUUAAAAUCAUUAUCAUUAUUAACUUAUUGUUAAUAUUCUAAUUAUAUCUUUUGUGUUUAUUUAAAGAAUGAUAAUUAUUUUCUGUAAUUUUUAAAGAUUUAUAAUAAUUCAAAAACUUACUGUUAUAUUGUUACAUACAAUAUUGUACAACACAAAUCAUUGUAUUGUAUUGUGAACAACAUACUGUAAUCAUGUAUUAUUAGACAUAUAGAUAAAGAGAGCAUAAGCCCAAAUAUGUUUACCAUGACCCUUACCUAGCUUCUCCAAAUUCAAUUUAUAUUUAUUUAUACAAGUAUAAUUAUAGUGACAUGUAUAAAAUGAUCUAUUUUAAUAAUAUUUAGUAAGCACUAUUUUAAUUAAAAAAAUAUUAUGAUCAUGAAAUAUCAUUUCUGAUGUUGAGCGACCAAAAAAUGUUCAUUCGAAAAGUAUUCGGAUAGUAAAAAUAUUUUAUAGUUUAUGCUAAAAAUAAACUAUACAGCUUAUUGAAUACUAUUCGAUAGUUAGAAAUAUUAAAAAAUGUCCUUCACUAAUAAUAAUUUAUUUUGAGUAUUCCUAAUGAUCUUAUUAUAAUUAAGUGCACUUAAUAAAAAUUUUAGGUAGAACUAUUCGAAUAUUUUUUAAACCCAUACGGUAGCAGUAGUAAUAUAAAGUAUGAAUAAGGACCCCCUCAACCCACAAGAUGUGGUUUUACCCUGCCAUAGGUAGACGGGAGGUGUAAACGGCUGGUGGGAUAUGGUGAACGGCAUAGGGCCUCUCUUCCCAAGGUUAAGAGUAUAAUGGAGGUGCUUCUCUCAUGACAGAUAUCACAAGUAUGGGGGUUAAUCUACAUGUGGGGGUACAUAAGAAGAGGGGCUAUGAAAAAUGAAUAAUUUUUUAGAAAUUAUUAAAUUGCAAUUAAUAAGCAAUUAUGAGUUAAAAAUGUUUAAGUGGUGAAGGAAUGGGUUAGUUUACGGGGAUAUGUGAUCUGUAAUUUAUUGAUCCCCCAAUGAAAAUAUGUCAUUUUUCCGCAUAAAUGAGCGUGAAAUCGUUGAUAAAGUCACAGUGUCAUCAAAAACCAUCAGCUCUAUGAAGACUCUAUUCUAUGAACAAUAUGGCUGCCUAACCUGUAAGAAAACAGCGCUACAUUUACAUCGCACCAACACCGCCAGCCGAUGAUUGACUCAAGUAGUUACACUAUUGCGUGCAGCGACAGAAAAUUUUUACAAGUGGGCCUGAAUCCAAAGGAUGACUUCAAUGUUACGGUAUGCAUUAUUACUCCUUCACGAUAUAUUAGUAUGUCAGCAAACUAUUUAAAUAUUAUUUACGACAUGAUGGAUUAUUGAAAAUAAUUUAUUUUUUAUAGCCUAUGUAAUUAGCUAUUCGGUUGCAUAAAAACAAUUCGAAAAUGCCCAUUACUAAUAAAUAUAAUAACCCAAAUAAAUAAAUUAUAUUUUAUCAAAAAAAAAGUCUAAUCUGAUAAAUAUAAAAAUACAGUAUAAGAUAAAAAGGUUGAGACAAUUAUAGUUAUAAAGUUCCUGACAACUCAAGAAUUUGUUUUUCGAGAAGAAAAUCAAAUAUUUGGAUUGCAAGUUAAUGGCAAUUAUUUAGAAUGUUAAUAAAUAACUUUAAUUUGUUUCUAGAGCAAUAAAAG